CUGCCACGCCGAGCCUUAUUCAAACGAAGUCCCAUGCCUGUGGUCUGCAUUUGUUUCCUCUUUAAUUGUGUUCGUUUUACAUCAAUUUUUUUUCCCCCCAAAGCGAGGACCUGCGCUGUAAGGACCGUACCUUUUAUGGAUUGCACGUACCUCCUCUGCAUGCGUACCUAAAGUGCAUCGGCACGUUGACCACCCCUUUGAAUUCCCCCUUUAUGCCGCCUGAUCGGGUCCUCAGAAUUAAAAAUUGCCGAAAUUGAUGCCUCCGGCGAAUGAGGCUCCCAAUCUUAUUGGGGGCUCACAUCCAACCAGGCUGUCUCCCUCACAGCUUAUUCCCCAAACCCGGGAAGUUGCGAGAACGGGAUCGAUUCAGAGGAAUGAAGAGAACGCGACAACAGAUUCCGAGGACGGGUUACAUUUUAACCAGUUCCAGCUAGCAGUAGUAACAUUGGCGCUAUGCAUAUGCGCCCUUAUGGUCUCCAUAGACGUCAUUAUCGUAGCAACCGCUAUUCCGAAAAUUGCAGCGGAGUUCGAAUCCCUUGGAGAUGUUGGCUGGUAUGGAUCAUCGUAUCUAUUAACCCAAACCGCUCUGCAGCCAAGCUUUGGGAAGCUUUACAGUCAUUUCAGUAUGAAGUGGACAUUUUUGAGUGGCAUCUUCAUAUUUGAGCUUGGCUCAGUGAUCUGUGCCACUGCAAUUUCGUCCAUAUUGCUAAUUGUUGGACGAGCAAUAGCGGGGAUUGGUGCUGCGGCACUUUUCUCGGGAGGAUUGAACAUUGUUGCUGAGACAGUUCCACUGAGGAAACGCGCCCCUUAUAUCGCUUUACUGUCAAGCAUGAUGGCCGUGUCUAACAUCAUCGGUCCUCCUCUGGGAGGAAUCAUUACAAAUCGCCUAGGCUGGCGGUGGUGUUUUUGGGUUAAUCUUCCAUGUGGCGGCGCAGCUUUUGUCGUAGGCCUCAUCUUCUUGAAGGAGAUGGCUCCUCCAUCUGCUGGCCUAAGCAUCACAAACCGCCUUGUAGAGUUGGAUCUGUUGGGUGCAGUCCUCCUUCUUGGUGGCAUUACCUCCUUUGUUCUGGCGAUAGAAUGGGCGGGGAAAGUCUAUCCCUGGUCUGACGCUAGGGUAUGGGGCUGCAUUGUGGCAGCUAGCCUCGUGCUGGCUAUAUUUUGUGUCCUUCAAUGGCACCUUGGAGACAAAGCCACGCUUCCGCCGAGAUUGUUGUUUAAGCAGAGAACUAUUUUCAGUGCAUCUUUUUUUUCUUGCUUCCUUGCGAUGGGAUUCUACAUUCAUGUCUUCUAUCUACCCAUUUAUUUUCAAGCUGUCAAAGGCUCUAGCCCCGAAAAGUCUGGCUUUGACGUAGUGCCCUAUCAGGCCAGCAACGCGGGAACAUCCCUCAUUGUCGGCCUUUUGGUUGGCAUGGUUGGCUGGUAUGUUCCGUUUGUCUGGUUUGGCGCCCUAGCCUUCGCCAUCGGCUCUAGCCUUCUCUAUACGGUCGGGCCGAAUUCAUACACCGCCACCCUGAUUGUCUAUCAAUUUAUUACGGGGGUAGGUAUGGGAGCUUCUGUGCAAAUUCCAUACAUUGCCGCGCAGGUGGUUUCAAACAGAGACGAUAUUUCAUCUGCUGAUGCGAUCAUGAUCUUUUUCCACUCCAUCGGUGGGACUCUCUCGCUCGCCAUCGGCGGAAAUGUGUUUACGGGUAGUCUUCAACGAAUUCUUCCCGUUGAGGCACCGCUUGUCAAUUCAACGGUAGUCAUCAACGUAGGUCCGACAAACCUACGCAUCGCCGUGCCGCCGGAUCAGCUCGGAAGAGUACUAAAAGCAUACACCACUUCGUUAACAACAACCUUUAUAUCACCUAUUGUCACCAGUUCUGUUGCAAUUCUUUGUUCCCUUUUAUUAGAGCAACGGAGUGUAAAGGGGACGAACUUGCUGACUGGAACGAGUUCAACAAACUGAGGUCCAUAAGCGACAAAAUCUCUCCAACGCUCCCAGGAAUUAUGUGCCGUUCAUUUAGGACUUGCGAGAGGAAUAAAUGGAACGUUAUGAACUAGAACCCAAUCCGCACCAAUAAUAGCACAUGUUUGUCAUACUAGGGAAGCAUGGGCUGUACAACAAUUUCCAGUAUAUUUCCGAGGAUUUCAUGCAACUUCAAUUGCUGUGAAACUCCGCCACGCAACCCCAGAGUUAAAAUGUCACCGAUACCCAUCCUGGUUCCCGGUCCCACAUGAGAGCCAAUGUGUAUGCCAGCGGUUGGGGUAACUUAACAUUUCAAGGUCCCAAUUGUUGUGUGUCGCUACCAGCAGGGAAAAAACGAAUCAGAUCGGCUGGUUUGGUCGACAUUUUUUAAUCCCAAUGCACAAAAGACCUGAAAAUAUCCCACCAACCCAGCGUGCAUGGGCUAUAGUAUGUGCUGGUUAUUGUACAUCACUGCCCCGCCUGGAAAAUUCGCACAACCGCAUCCUUCAGUAAAGUACCGAAAUAUUGGUUACAAGCAAAACGAGAGUGUUUGAAGCACACUCAAUGUGCAAGGAGUUCACAAGGAGUUCGCGUCCAAUGCAAUAGAGCUGUCAAUUCAAGAAGCCGAAUGGUUUGAAUACGGAAGUAUGUUGCAUCCAUACAGUAGCAGUAUCAUCCUGCUGUCAAUGAGCACAUUUAGGUGACCAGAUGACUGGUCAUGCCUCCC